AUGGAGGCAACGGCUACUACAAUCUAUAACCGCUGGGUUCGUCCGGGGCAUCCGUCUAACACUCAAUCCAUCUCCGCAAAGGCCUCUGCUUCCACCAAACCUGAUGUCGAACGACCGGCUCCACCUCCGGUGGCAUCUUCGGCUCCGAUCCCUCAAGAGCAAGUGGCUAUCGAAUGUCAUAGUCCUGUUCCGCAGGAAAAAGAUGCCGCUCCUAUUACUGAGCUUACUCAUGAGGAAGCUCUAGCCUAUGCUCAGGUUCUGCUCGGAGGUAUCGCAGAAUAUGCUUUCGGCACUAAUAACGAUACCCAUGAGGCGCAUAACGUUGAAGCCCCACAAAGCGUUGAAGCUAUCCAUAAACCCCAGGCUCACGAGGCUACCCUGAAUAUCCAGGCCUUCCAAUCCCCUCCAGAGCCUCAAGUUGCUACAGCCCUGGAAAUCUCCCCAACUACCAGAAUCCUCGAACAAGCCCAUACUUCCAGCAGCCGUUUAACCUCCUCUGCUUCUUCUUCUUCUACUACUCCUUCUGCUCCUUCGUAUAUACAGAAGAAAUUCAAACGCCCACACAAGGCUAUCGAGGGCGAAGAUCAAGGUCAGCAGAGCCAGCUAUCUCGCAAACGGCGCGAGGACACCCCACGCCCAACGAAAAAAGCCAAGUUUGGCAAUCUUGUCCCUUUUCAAAAUACCUGCGCCCGAAAGGAGCUAUCAGCCAGCAACCCGGAUCUCACGACUGAGAACAGCGAGAAGAUCAAUAACAAGAAGGAAUACCCCUACGCUCCGCUCACAGAGGAGACUCGCAUCAGGCGUCACAGAGUCACGGUCGACCCGUUCGGGAACUACGAAAAGGUCUCUAAAUAUGAAGACGCAGACCCUCAAGUCACGCAACUGUUACUCUCUCAGGGAAUCCCCCUUUCCAAGCACCCACGUACAAAACGCGAGCUGACCCAUCGAGAUGUCGAGAAGAUUAACAAGGUCCAGCGGAACUUCUACAAGUACGCCAUGAAGCUUCAGUGUGACUAUAUGGAGCGAUUGGGCCUUCCUCGCCCCAUUCCCCAGGAGCAUAUGGUCUACGAAGGGGAAGAAGAGGCUUUCACCCCAGAGGAUUUCUACGACUAUGAUGACGAAGCUGAAGCCGAAGCCGAAGCCGAAGCCGAAGAUUGCUAA